AUGGUUCACUGGACUGCUGAAGAGAAAGCCGCCAUCACCUCCACAUGGAGCAAGGUCAACGUUGAACAGGACGGCCAUGAUGCUCUGACCAGGCUAUUGGUCGUGUACCCCUGGACUCAGAGAUACUUCAGCAGCUUUGGAAACCUCUCCAACGUCACCGCCAUCUCUGGCAACGCCAAGGUGAAGGCACAUGGCAAGAAGGUGCUCACAGCUAUUGGCAAUUCCAUCCAACACAUUGAUGAUGUGAAACAUUACCUGCAUGACCUCAGCAAGUCCCAUGCCCAGGAGCUCCAUGUAGACCCUGAGAACUUCAAGCGUCUUGGAGAAGUUUUGGUCAUCGUCUUGGCCUCCAAGUUUGGAUCUGCAUUCAGUCCUCAGGUCCAGGCUGCCUGGGAGAAGUUCCUCAAUGUUCUGGUUGCUGCCCUGAGCCAAGGCUAUUUCUAA